AUGUCCGCGAAGAGCAUCACCGAGGCCGAUGGCAAAGCCAUCAUCAACUACCACCUCACCCGUGCUCCGGUGAUCAAGCCCAGCACUCUCCCGCCCCCGACCAAGCACAACGCGCCCCCCAGGCUUGCAUCCCUUCACUUCCCCGAGGACAAGGACAUCAACGCCGUGCUGGACCAAGCCGAGAUCACAUACCCGUGGCUGUUGCACCAGGGCGCCAAGUUCGUCGCCAAGCCAGAUCAGCUCAUCAAGCGUCGUGGCAAGAGCGGCCUGCUUGCUCUCAACAAGACCUGGCCCGAGGCGAAGGCGUGGGUUGCUGAGCGCGCCGGCAAGGUGCAGAAGGUUGAGCACACAGAGGGCGUUCUCCGGCAAUUCCUCGUCGAGCCCUUUGUGCCGCAUCCCGACGGCACCGAGUACUACAUCAACGGCGACUGGAUCCUCUUCACCCACGAGGGUGGUGUUGAUGUCGGCGAUGUCGAUGCGAAGGCGGAGAAGCUCCUCAUUCCCGUCGACCUUACACAAUACCCUUCAAACGAGGAAAUCGCUUCCACUCUCCUGAGCAAGGUCCCCAAGGGCGUCCACAACGUCCUUGUUGACUUCAUUACCCGCCUCUAUGCCGUCUACGUUGACUGCCAGUUCACAUACCUUGAGAUUAACCCUCUCGUCGUGAUCCCGAACGAGGAUGCCACCUCCGCGUCGGUUCACUUCCUCGAUCUCGCGGCCAAGCUCGAUCAAACAGCAGACUUCGAGUGCGGUGUAAAGUGGGCUAUCGCAAGGUCCCCGGCGGCUCUGGGCAUUACCGCCCCCACGAGCAGCAACGGCACCGUCAACAUUGAUGCUGGCCCGCCGAUUGAGUUCCCCGCGCCUUUCGGUCGUGAGCUUACGAAGGAGGAGGCUUACAUUGCCGAGCUCGAUGCUAAGACCGGCGCAUCACUCAAGUUGACGGUCCUGAACCCGAACGGCAGGAUCUGGACCCUUGUUGCCGGUGGUGGUGCCUCGGUCGUGUACGCCGAUGCCAUUGCCUCGGCCGGCUUCGCUGACGAGCUGGCCAACUACGGCGAGUACUCCGGUGCUCCCACAGAGUCUCAGACAUACCACUAUGCACGGACCGUGCUCGACCUGAUGCUCCGGGCGCCCAUGAACUCCAAGGGCAAGGUCCUGUUCAUCGGUGGCGGUAUCGCUAACUUCACCAACGUUGCCAGCACAUUCAAGGGCGUCAUCAAGGCGCUCCGCGAGUAUGCCAACACGCUUAACGAGCACAACGUUCAGAUUUGGGUGCGCCGUGCCGGCCCCAACUACCAGGAGGGUCUCAAGAACAUGAAGGCGGCGACCCAGGAGCUCGGCCUCAACGCCAAGAUCUUUGGCCCCGAGAUGCACGUCAGCGGCAUCGUGCCCCUGGCUCUUAUCCCUGGCAAGUGGGAGGAGAGCAAGGCGGAGGAGUUUAAGGCUUAA